GGAUGGUUAUGCCAGAAUGCUAGUGACAGCAGUAGGCAAGAAUGUAAAGCACCAUGGAAUUUCUUUGAGGGGACCUUUAAUUGACGAACUCAAAAGAAUCACCUCUAUAGUAGGCAAAUCUGGUAAGACAGUUGCUCUGCUGAUAUUUAUGGUAUUUUUGGUACGUUUCUUGACAGGCAAACAACAUGAUGAUAACGGAAAAAGAGUGUCUUUCGGUGGAGAAACAAGAAUUGGUGAUGUUCUUGCUGUCAUUGUUGGGAUUCUGGCUACUCCAACAAUGAUUGCUUUGACAUCUACUCCAGAAGAUUUGGUUUCGGCUGUCAGAACGUGUCUUGCCUAUUCAAUGAAGAGACUGAUGAAGAUUCAAAUUCUUGUGAGAGAACCUUUAAUCUGCCAUAAAGUUGCAUCUGUCACCACUGUCUGCGUGAAUAAAACUGGAACCUUAACUAUGGAUUCCAUGGAGGUGACCAAGUUCUGGCAAGGUCUAAACUCCAUUGAAGAAGUUCAGCAUAAUUUGAUUGCUCCAAGUGUGCUUGAAUUACUGCACCAAGGACUUGGUUUAAACACUACUCAACCCCCUUCAAGCUCUUCAUUAUCGUCUCCUACAAAUUCAACUGAGAAGACAAUUUUUGAGUGGGCAGUUAAGCAGUUAGGGAUGGAUGUGGAAAGUCUGAAGAAAAGCUGCACUAUUCUCGAAAUCGAACCAUUCAAUUCGAAGAAUAGGCAAAGCGGGGUUUUGAUGAGUAAAAAUGGCGACAAUACGAUUCACGUACAUAGAAAGGGAGCUCCAGAAGUGAUAAUUCCAAUGUGUUCUCAUUAUUAUGAGAGUACUGGAAAUGUAAAAGUGAUGAACAAAGGUUCCAACGUUUUAUUUGAGCAAAUUCUAGCAGGCAUGGCAGAAAAUGGCUUCAGAUGUAUAGCUUUCGCACACAGGAAAACAUCAAUAAGAGAUUAUUUCACCUUCUCUCGACAGCAGCUGAUUCUAUUAGGCCUUGUCGGAUUGACAAAUUCGCGUCGAAGUGGAACAAGGGGAACAGUGGAAGAUUGCCAUAGAGCUGGAAUCAACGUCAAAUUGAUCACCGGAGAUAACAAAGUAACUGCCACAAUCAUGGCCACUAAGUGUGGAAUAAUUGAGCCUGAUUACCAGCCUGGUGAAGUGAUAGAUGGUGAGGAAUUCCGGAAGUUUAGCUUAGAAGAGCGAAUGGCGAAAAUUGAAAAUAUCUAUGUGCUGGCAAGAGCCACUCCUGAUGACAAGUUACUUAUGAUCCAAUCUUUGAAGCAGAAAGGCCAUGUGGUUGCAUUCAUUGGACGAGGAAUCGGAGAUGCACAAGCCCUUAGAGAAGCAAAUGUAGGACUUUGUUUUGGAACCCAAGGGGCAGAAAUUGUCAAAGCAUGCUCAGCCAUUGUAAUGUCAUGCAAAGAUUUUCCUUUCAUCAUUGAUAUUUUGACAUGGGGUAGGGGAAUAUACGACACUGUCCAGAUUUAUACUCAGUUUUUGCUCAUUGCAAGUUUUGUUGCUCUGGUAAUGGACUUUGUGAUGGCUGUUUCAUCUAGCAAACCCCCUGGUUUGAGUGCUGUGGUAGCUAUUUCAACAGGAAAAAUUCCAUUUCCGGUGUUUCAACUUUUGUGGAUGAAACUGAUUGCAGGCACUUUUGCAGUUCUUGCACUCAAUAUAGAGAAGCCGUCUCAAGAUGUUAUGCGGAGGCCACCAAGAAACUUGAAAGAGCCAUUAAUCACAGCCCAAAUGCGUAAAAAAAUUGGGGCUCAAGCUUUAUAUCAGAUAGCCAUCUUUCUGGUUAUACAUUUCAAAGGCAAAUCAUUAUUUAAUGUAAAUGAUAAGGAAAAGGAUUCUUUGGUCCUUAGUACAUACAUUCUCUGUCAAGCCUUCAACAUAUUCAAUCCCAGGCUUUUGGAGAAGAACAUUUUUGAGGAGAUGCAAAAGAAAAAACUCCUCUUGAGCAUCAUCGGACUAAUUAUUUCCAUUCAAUUUAUAAUGGUGGAACUUCUGAAUGGGUUUUCAGGGACAGCCAGGCUAGGAUUUGGCCAGUGGGGCUUGUGUAUAGCCUUUUCUGCUGCACCUUCUAUGGUCACUUGGUUUGUUAGGUGCAUUCCUCCUCUGGGAAACUUUAAGUUUCCAAUGUUGAAGCCUAAAAUCGAUUAGUCAAGCGCUCUAUCUUUCAUUAUUCUCUAGUCAAAAUACAGAAUCUGUAGAUUGCUUCGAAAUCUGUGUGCUGUUUUCUGUUUUCACAUUUUGCUCUAUCGAACUUUAUGUGGUCAAUGUUGAAGUGUAAUA